AUGAGAUUUGCUAGCUUUGCUGUGGCAUUUUCAACUGCUUGUGUUGUCCACGCUGCUGCUGUUAAGCAUGUGGAUGCACAGAUCACUGAUGGACCAGUGCUUGAAAAGAGAGCCAAGGAUGUGAUCAUCAACAAAGAGUACCAGAAGUUGGAGUCAAUGAAAGGCCAAGGCAGUCUGUCGGAGGAGGCACCCAGACCAUGGCAUAGGACAAUUUACGAGACCCAGGUGGAGAUUGUGACGCCUACCAUCGUUGGUGGUAUUACAUUCAGUGCAAAGCCUGCGGAAGAGACUAAUGGCUUGGAGCCCUGGAUCUCUUUGGAUAAGAACGGACGUCCAAAGACCAUCAAGCCAAAGAUUAAAGGCGGUAACACCAAGGACGCUUCGCCAACUUACGGAACGUAUUUCCAGACUCCUGUGACCAAAACUUACAAUAAGGAAGAGUUGAAGGCUCAUAAUAUGGCUGACGACGAGGUUUACGAGUACGUGGAAUGGAUAAAGGAGGACACUACCUACCAGGAAUUGAAUCCUGUGAUUAGAUGUACUCCUCAGCUUUACAAGAAGAAGGGCAUGGCCAAGAACAUCUCUCCUGAACCCUUCUGUUUCCCUAGAGACGAUGCAACAUGGCAUGUUGACAAGACCUACUUUGUCACCUGGUACUACCCAUUCUUUGAAACUGACGUGAAACAAGUUAAGGUACAUUUGUCUCAUGUCAAGGUUACUGCCCGUCAAAAGGGAAUGAAGAGAAGUCUUGGAAGUAUGGUUGAAGAUGGUAUUGACAAAGUCAAGCGUACCUUCUCCAAGAGAUCGCAGGUGAUUGAGAAGGGUGGAACUAUCGCUCAGAGAUCAUUCUUCACUUCUGACUGGCUCGAUAAGGAGACCGGUAUCUUUGCCAUCACCGUGGACAAGGAAUGGUUAGGCAAGGAGUGGAACAGAAAAGCAUUGCUCUCGAUCCAGCCUGAUGACGUUGGCGAUGACGAGUUUGACCAUUUGGAACACUCCGUUGUGGUUGAGCUUGCCUACGGAGCCAAGGUGGGCAAGGGCCACAACCUUGAUUUGAAGAAGCAAGAGGAGAAGGCGAAGAUGAAGGCUCUUUAUGGUGACGACUACGAAGUCGAGGAAGGUAUCGACUACGAGAAGUACAUCAUCAUCAUAACCAUCCCCACAUGCGUGGUCAUUGCCGUGUUGGGUAUGUACUGCUUCAUCUGGAUCAACCGGAAGCAGACCGACUUGUCUUUCCUCAAGAACGUCAAGUUCCCAAAGAAAAAGAGAAAGAACAGAAUGCCAUUCUCCAAGAAGAAUGAAAACAAGUACACGGAGUUGCCCCAGUGGGACGGACCUAAGGUUGACUAG